CCGUUUUUAGUCUGCUCUCGCUCGCUCUAGGGUUUAAGGGUUCUUCACUUCUUCCUCCUUUCGUAGAGAUCGCUCCUCCGAUCGUUCCUCAGAGAAUGAGGACCACGCUUCAGAGAAGCCCUAAAACCGAGAGGCAAUCCCUCUUCUUCCGAGACCUCGCCUCCCCCGUCUCCACACACCGCGGCGGCGCCGCCGGCGGACGCUUCGCGACGCCCGGUCAGGCCGCUGCCGUCUCCGCCCUCUGGCGGGAGAAUUUCGGCUCUUCCGACCCCCCGCCGCCCCCUGUCUUCACCCUCGAGGACCGUGUCAAUUUCUCCCCAGAGCCCGGCCUCGCCGACCUCCCUGCCUCCCCGGAGCUCAAGAUAGAAGCCCGAACCCCGCCCCCCGCCCUCGGCUACCUCUCCUCCCCUUCCCCUCUCAAGAACCGGGCCGAGGCGAGCAAUUCGGGGGCGGUCGGUGGGGGGUUGCACGUUUUUCAGCAGCAGAGCCCUGGGAGCUCGAGCUGGCGGUCUCCUGCCAAGGGCGGCGGUGGUGGGGAGCUCGAUGACAAGGGGAAGGGCUCGCCGGUUGAUGGUGUGAUCCAUCCGGGGCCGUUGAUCACCCUGCCGCCGCCAAGGGAGGUGGCGAGGCCAGAGUUGCAGAGGAAUAACUUGCCCGUUGGAGGGCGUGAUGAGGAAGAGUGGGUGACGGUUUACGGAUUUUCACCUGGUGAUACAAACCUGGUAUUGCGAGAAUUCGAGAAAUGCGGAGCAAUAUUGAAACACAUACCUGGUCCAAGGGUUGCUAACUGGAUGCAUAUUUUGUAUCAGAGCCGAUAUGAUGCCCAAAAGGCUAUUGCAAAGAACGGUGUGCAGUUAAAUAGCAUUCUCAUUAUUGGGGUGAAGGCCAUGGAUCCUCAGCAGCGCCAGUAUCUGAAUGAGAGUCUAAACAGCAACUAUCAUGGGGGCUUCAUGGUUUCCUUGCCCUCACAGUCUACAGCUGGGAUGAGCUCUGCUGCCAGGGGCUUGUCAGGUCCUCCCUCUCGUCCUUAUCACCUACAGAAUGGCAGCAUCACCACCACCAAUGAUAGCGAGCACCGUACAAGAGCCAUUGCUUCCCCUACGAAGUCGGUUGUGUCCAAAGUUGUGGACUUGAUGUUCAGCAUAUAAAUCAGGACAUAUGAGAGCUUUGCUUUUGAACUGUCUGAUCAGUUCUAUCUCAGAUUAAAUCAUAGUUCUCUGCCUACAAGCUUGCAGAAAUAGGCAGCUCAACCAAUACCCACUCAAAUUUGGACAGUUUCAUCUCUUGCUGUGUUCGAUCAUCAGAUGAGUGAACUUCUGUUGCCAGUUUCAGAUCAGUUGCUGCCGCUGGAGAUGCAUCAAGAAUUUUGUACCAUCAUAUUUCUUCUGUCUGUUAUGUAUCAUCAGAAUUAUUAAAAUGUUUCGCCAGAGCAUUAAUCUAUAUAACUAUGGUUGCACCCUAUAGAGUCUGUUUUGGUUCCAACACCAAUAAAAUCUGAUGUAUGAUCUGUAGCCAAUGCUUAUAAAAUUGCAGAUAUCCUUCAUUUUGUUAAAA